AUGAAGAAGACCAUACGGCCUGAAUCGAUGCCCUACUGCGUACAGCAGUCGAAGCCAAGGCGCAUUAAAAACGAGAAAAGAUGUGAGGUGGAUAAAAGGAGAACCAAUCUAUCCACUCCGGUGCGGCGCAAUAUUGUCGACUGCCCAUUUUACACAUUUAAGUAUAAAUUCGACGAUUUACCGUUAGACCCAGCGAAGGCAUUCAUCGAAGAGAAGAUUGCGCAUAUGCAAGUAAACCAAAUAGUGGGACGUUGCAAUAAGGAAUUGGAUUUUCAUUUAUAUGACAUGGGCCAUGAAGUGAAAUGGAGCUUGGAGGAGUGUGACGAUGAAAGUAUUCAAGACUUGAAGCUGGAGGAUAUUGUAUUACCCCAAAAAAUGGGAUUGUUAAAAAACAAAAAGGAGGAUCAGUAUUCAUUCAAUGCGAGAGCCUGCGAUCAGUUUCCAUGGAUUACGAAAUGUUGGACAAAUUUGGAACCCAGCGAAGAAACGGUCUAUCGCGUUACUAGCGAACUACUGAAAAUUUAUUGUGCUCGCCGCGUACGUAUCUUCUAUCCGGAUAGACGUACCAAAAGCCAACUGUAUACGAAUGAAUUAAGCAAAACUCAUGGCAGCCCUUCGGACGUUAUAGGCGGCCUGCACACGCUAACUGCAAGAGAUCUGCGCAUUGAGGCAUUACAACGUCCACGAAAUCCGCUCAAAUUCACACCUGGCGAUCACUAUGCGCUGCGCACGCCUGAAGAAUGCCGGAACGAGCUAAUACGCAUGGGUAAAGUUAUAGACAAAUUAAUAGAGCCAACAUUGCGGAGAGCCAGGGAGAACUUAAAACGUCAGGCCGAAUGUGAUGAUGCUGCAAUAGCUGCAAAAACAACAACUGCAACAACAGGGAAAGUGGUAACGGCCAAGGCAGACACAGUAACAAAGAAAAUGUCCAGCUCAAAGGAGCGAAGAGUCGAAGACCUAUGUAAGGAAAAGAGGGUGAAACAGGCGGUAAAGAAGCAAAAGAAGGACCCUUGCAAUCCCUACACUGCCUUGCUGCGCUCUAAAGAUUUUCCCACCUUCGAGGCUUACAUGAAAUGCAUGAAACACUACGAGCGUCAACGAUUCAAGUAUCUCGAAGGCCUACAGCCCGUCUAUCCCGAGAAACAAAAAGCUAUUAUAUUGGCACGCUACGAGGAGCAAUUGAAAGUGUCUCAACAAAAAUUCACACCGAAAAUUGAAAGGAGAUACAAAUAUCUUAUGAAAAGCAUCAAUGCUUUGAGUCUAGAAACAUUUCCAUCGCACUUGAUUAAGAAAAUUUGGAUAAAAAUCGAUCCACACAUCCCAUUUUUGCAGGAAGUUCAUAAGUUUAUAUUACGCGAAGAGAAACUUUGGCCAGAAAUAUAUCCGGAGGUCAUGCUGUUGGAAUUUCUCUUCAACGGCGAGCGCCAAAUUAAUGCCACUGUCGCCGUCUUAAUUAUAUCAUGCAUCAUAGAUCUGCAAGAGGAUUUUCGGUAUUACGUGAAACGUGGCUUUCUACGCUAUCUACUUAAAUCGUCUUUGGAAAGAAAACGCUUGCAACUGGAAAUGGAGCCACCAGAUUUUCCACAGUUACUCAUACGCGGCCCAGUGCCAUAUAAAGUGAAUGUGCAGUUAGCACGAAAUCGCAUCGACCAACUUUUGAUGAUAUCACAUCCAAUUAUAAGGGCACUCAAUCAGCUUUGGCAUCAAUUAUACAACGAUCUAGUUAUAAUAGACGUUUCGAAGAUCUUCCUGCGCGACCAGCCUAUGACAGCCGAUGAAUUAAUAAGUUUCGUUGAUGACAGUUGUGCGGUUAUACGUGAUUUACUGAUGAAUGACUGGCUGCCACGUUGCGCUGAUUUAGUGGAUGUUAUGCGCCGAACCUGGAAGGAUUUAGUGCCAAUGAAUCAGAAAUAUGGUGGACGCGCAGCUGUUUUAUUCAAUUGCAUACAUGCGUUAAUGUCUCAUCACUUGCAAGGAUUGAUAACGCGUAGCAUUUCUGUGCUCUACACUAACCUAACCAGAUAUGAGGAAGGCAAUGAAAUAGAACGUUAUCAAAUGUAUGACAAGAAACUACAACGUCGUCCACUUAUGACUUUAAUUAUCUCGGUGGUGGGUGCGCAUUUCGAUGACCGCAUCGAUGAUCGAGAUGAUAAGACACCCAUCUACGUAUAUGAUGAGUACGAAGAUGCCAAUCCUUUCUAUAAGCGUCCUAGUAUUAUGUUCGAAACGACCCCACUCGAGGUGGACCCAGCUUGUGAAUUCGUAAUGAAAAAUGAAGGCAAGUUUUUCGGUUUUCCAUAUAUAAAUGAGCUACCGGAGUUAUUUGUUUCUAUAUUCAAAAAAAUAUUGGAAGUUGGCUCUAAGAUACCACGCUUGGAAUACGUCAUGUCUAGAGAUGAGAGCACUUUGGGAUAUCUGCAUGUUGUCAAUGAGCACCACUGUGACAUGAAGCGUUUAUAUAAAAAUGUGCACAGAAUAGUAGAGAAUAACUGGAGUGGUCUGUGCGUAUAUCUGUAUCCAAUAUUCAAAUAUUACAAUGCGUUAUUUACUAAGAAAAUGUUGCCAGCAGUUGAAAAAUUAUUCACACAGCAAAUCAUUCCUGAGUUGGUGCUUGUUGAAGAGCUGAUGAAGCGUUUGGUGGGCAUCAUACACAGCACUUAUAUAUUACGUGACUUUAUACCACUUAACCUCUUCAUGCUGGACAACCGGCAUGUGAAAAACACCAUCGUGAUGCUCGUCAAACAGGUCUACGAUUUUGUCAUUGACUACUACAAAGCCGUAAAUAUAAAUGAAAACCGCGCGAUUUGUGAUGCACUUGAGGAAAUGUCUAUGAAAGCUGGAGAGAGGCCUGAAGAGACACCAGAGGUAGUUGCUUUGCAAAACUACUUAACCGAGUGUCGCGAUGAAAAAAUAUUUGCAAUCAAAGAUGAAAUCAAAAUAGUGUCGCGACGUGUAAUUUUUUUGCUAACACAUACGAUAUUGGAUAGUGAUCACAUUCAUCUCAAUUCACGUACUUUUAUUUUGCCCGGUGAGUUGGAAGAAGUAUUGGACUUAAGCUCGGCCCGCUUGAAUGUGGUGCGCGAAAACCUGGAAAUAGCGUUGCGUGAACGCCGGAAAAAAUUCGAAGAGUACAUUUUGUAUGAAAAACGUCGAAUGGAUGGUUUUCGAGUUAAGGAAACGCGAGAAGUUAUGACGCUCGAAGAAUUGAAAGAACGUGUCGAUACGAUUGAUGAACUGUACGAAAUAAUUGAGAACAUGAGUCGCGAAGCGCGAGCUAUAAAUGUUGAAGAGCAGUUAUUACAAAUCGAUAUUUCACCAUUUCCUGUGCUUGCGGAAAUCAUCGAAAAAAUGGAACCGAUGGAGAAAUUGUGGAAGACAGCUUACGAAUUUGAAAAAGAUUAUGAAGUGUGGAUGUAUGGUGAAUUCCAAUGUUUAGACGCGGAUGCUAUACGCGAUGAGGUCGAAAAUAUGCAUCGAAUAGUCUACAAACUUGCGCGCCAACUUGCCAACAACCCAGCGGCUCGUCGCGCCGCAGAACAGAUACGCAUGAAGGUCGAGAAGUUUCGUGCAUAUUUACCAGUGCUUGAUGCUAUUUGUCGCCAGGGUCUUAAUGAACGCCAUUGGCGCCUUAUCUCUGAACAUUUGGGUGCCGAAUGUAAUCCGCAAUUAUAUCCGACACUCAAAGAUAUGAUUGAUGCAAAUAUAAUGAGCAUUUUACAACAACUGGAGGAGAUCUCAAAUGCUGCUGGCAAAGAACACGAAUUGAAUUCGGCGCUUGACGUCAUGUAUAGCGACUGGAAAGAUAUCGCUUUUGAGGUGUUGCCAUAUCGGGACUCCGACACGCAUAUACUUUCUGCACUCGAUGAUAUCCAAACCCAAUUGGAUGAUCAUAUAAUGCGCACGCAGGCGAUGAAACGUUCACCAUUCAUUGUGGCAUUGGGUUCCAAAGCGGAUGAUUGGGAGGCUAAACUUUUACUGAUACAAAAUAUUAUUGAUGCCUGGGCUCAGGUGCAGGUGACAUGGAUGUACUUGGAGCCAAUUUUCAACUCGGAAGAUAUAAUGAGACAGAUGCCCAUAGAAGGACGCAAUUUCAAGUCGGUUGACAAAACAUGGCGUAAAAUAAUGAAACAUACUUUGCAAAAUCUAAAUGUGCUAGUAGCUACCGAAUACCCGGAUAUGCUGGAGACAUUCUUGAAAGCGGUGCAAGAUCUUGAAACGGUACAAAAAGGUUUGAAUACAUAUCUUGAACAGAAGCGUUUAUACUUCGCACGUUUCUUCUUCCUCUCCAAUGACGAACUAUUGGAGAUAUUAUCUGAAACAAAGGAUCCUCUGCGUGUGCAACCGCAUUUACGCAAGUGUUUCGAGGGUAUUGCACGGCUCACUUUCGAUGAUGCCAUGGAAAUCACUGAAAUGAUAUCGGACGAAGAUGAGCAAGUGAAAUUGGUGCGCAAAAUUAAUCCAGCUUUGGCUAAUGGCCUUGUUGAGAUAUGGCUUAAAGAGGUCGAAAUGGUUAUGUUGGCCAGUGUGCUGGAGCAGAUGAAAUUGGCCUGGGAGGACUACUUUUUAGUGGAUCGCAUAAUUUGGGUAACCUCGUGGCCGGGACAAGUUGUGCAAAGCGUCUCCUGUAUGGCAUGGACAUUUGAAGAAAGUAGUUUUUUAAAAUUGUAUGUGGAGGAAGCUUUUAGCGCGGCCGCCGUUCCUCAGUAUUUGCAGAAAUGUAAUGCUCAAAUCAGCGAUUUGGUACAGCUGGUGCGUACUGAUUUAUCGACGGGUACACGACUCACCAUCGAAGCUUUAAUUGUGCUGGACGUGCAUGCACGCGAUGUUGUCAAGUAUUUAAUUGACGUCAAUGUUGAUAGUAUCACAGAAUUCGACUGGAUCUCUCAAUUGCGCUACUAUUGGCAGGAAACUGAGAAGGGCGAGCUGUUUGUCUGUGUUAGCAUGGUUGUUACGGAUGUUAAAUAUGGAAUGGAGUACUUGGGCAAUAACCCACGUUUGGUUGUGACACCUCUGACUGAUCGUUGCUACAGAACGCUGAUGGGCGCGUUAAAAUUAUGCUUGGGUGGCGCUCCCGAAGGACCAGCAGGUACAGGCAAAACGGAGACGUGCAAAGAUUUGGCAAAGGCUGUAGCGAAAAAAUGUGUAGUCUUUAACUGCUCGGAUGGAUUGGAUUACAAAGCAUUGGGAAAAUUUUUCAAGGGCUUAGCACAAUCUGGCGCCUGGGCUUGUUUCGAUGAGUUCAAUCGUAUUGAAUUAGAAGUGCUAUCAGUGGUGGCGCAACAAAUUCUAACCAUUCAACGAGCCAUUGGCCGGAAGGUGGUUAAAUUUUUCUUUGAGGACACAUUACUGCGUUUGGAUCCCACAUGUUCCAUAUUCAUAACAAUGAAUCCUGGCUACGCUGGCCGUACAGAACUGCCAGACAAUUUGAAAGUGCUCUUCCGUACAGUGGCUAUGAUGGUACCUGACUACGCUAUGAUUGGCGAAAUUACUCUAUACUCGAAUGGUUUCGACGAAGCGCGAAUGCUAGCACAAAAAAUCGUACACACAUAUAAAUUGUGUUCCGAACAGUUGUCAUCACAAUCGCACUAUGAUUACGGUAUGCGCGCUGUGAAAUCCGUUUUACUUGCAUCAGCUUCACUUCGACGCCUUUAUUCAACAUUGCCCGAAGCACAAAUAGUUCUGCGCGCUAUUGUUGAUGUAAACUUGCCUAAAUUCUUGGAGCAGGAUGUCUCGCUGUUCAUUGGAAUUUACAUGGAUCUGUUCCCAGGAAUCGAGUUGCCGGAGCCAAAACGCGACGACAUUCUUAAGUGGCUAGAUAUCAAUUUGAAAGAGGCAAAUUUGCAACCAACACCUUGGUUCAUCGAGAAAAUUUUGCAAAUCUAUGAAAUGCUGCUGGUGCGUCAUGGCCUAAUGAUUGUCGGUGGCCCAAUGGGCGGGAAAACAACAGCAUAUCAGAUUCUUGCCUUAUCUCUGCGUUGUGUUAACGCCGAUCCUGAUGCCACCUUGGAUGAGUAUCCUGUAAAUUACCGUAUCAUAAACCCAAAAGCAAUCACAAUGGGUCAACUUUAUGGCCGUUUCGAUCCGGUUUCGCAUGAAUGGUAUGAUGGCGUAUUGGCUAAAACGUAUCGUGAAAUGGCCACCGCAUCGACAACUGAACGUCACUGGGUAUUAUUUGAUGGACCCGUCGAUGCUGUGUGGAUCGAGAAUCUUAAUACAGUAUUGGAUGAUAAUAAGAAACUUUGUCUAAUGUCUGGUGAAAUUAUACAAAUGACUAAAACAAUGAAUAUGAUGUUUGAGCCAGCCGAUUUGGAACAGGCGUCCCCGGCUACUGUGUCCCGCUGUGGCAUGAUCUAUAUGGAACCAUCACAACUGGGUUGGCGUACAUUUCACAAGAGUUUCUUGACAGUAUUAAUAGAUACGAUAGGACUGAAUGAAAUUUAUAUGACAUUAUUCGAUGAUAUGGCAGAAUGGUUGAUUCCAGCUGCUUUGACUAUACUAAAGGAAUGCAAGCAAAUGGUUGAGCCGUCACCGAUGUAUCAAUAUAAGAUGUUCUCACGAUUUUUCUACCAUUUUUUGGAAAAACACAAAUCAUUUAAUCAAGUGUGGUUCCAGCAAACGUUUCUCUUUUGCCUUGCCUGGGCCUAUGGAUCUGCUUUAACAGUUGACGGCCAAAAGCACUUCGAUGCGCUUAUCCGCAAAAUACUUUACGGCUCUAAUGAAGACUAUCCCCGCCCAAAGUAUUUCUCCCUCAAUCGUGGUCAAAUGUUUCCCGAGAAACUUUCACUCAUGGACUACCGCUUCGAUGAGGUGGAAAACUGGUGGACCUGGCAAAAGUCCAGUGAUGACCCCACCGCAACAACAAACGUUUUCCCAGAGCAUGCCAUCAUCAGUGAACUCAUCGUACCGACAAAAGAAUCUGGUCAAAUUACCUAUUGGCAAGAGUUCUGCAUCAACAAAUCGUAUCCGAUGCUGGUUAUUGGGCCCACAGGCACAGGCAAGAGCGCUGUCAUAGCGAGCAAUCUAAAUGCACUGCCAAAGCAUACAAAUCUCGUCAAUAUUGUAAACUUUUCGGCGCGCACAAGUGCACAACUGGUACAAGAAACCAUUAUGUCAAAACUGGAUCGGCGACGAAAAGGCGUAUAUGGUCCGCCCCUAGGCAAAAGGUGUUUAAUAUUUUGCGACGAUGUUGCCAUGCCAUCCAAAGACACAUACGGUUCGCAGCCGCCACUCGAAUUGAUACGCCAAUGGCUGGAUCACGGCUACUGGUCUGAUUUGGUGGAUACAACAAAAAUCGAGCUGGUCGAUAUGAGCUUCCUCGGCGCAAUGGGCGUGCCGGGUGGCAGUAAUUUUAUCUUCCCGCGCUUCUAUCGUCACACAUUCCUUGUUGCUGUGGACUCGUUCGAGGAUUCGACCAUCAUUAAAAUAUUCACAGCGAUUGGCGAUUGGCAUUUCAGCAAGGGAUUUCCUGAAAAAGUGGCAUUGCUAUCGCGGGGCCUAGCUGAAGCCAUGGUCAGCGUGUAUCGUCAAGCACUCAGAGUUUUCCUACCAACACCUGCAAAAUCUCAUUACACCUUCUCACUACGUGACAUUACUCGCAUCUUUCAGGGCAUUGUCCUCGUUCCGGCUAAAAGGCUGCAGGAAGUGGAGAAGCUGGGCCGUUUGUGGGCACAUGAAACGUAUCGUGUGUUUUACGACCGCCUUAUUGAGCAACUGGAUCGUGACGCACUAUUGGACAUGGUGAGUACUGCAUGCAAAACCAAUAUACGUUUCCCCCUGGAGCAGGCUUUCGCCGACCGCGUAUCCGAGCCGGGCGCCAAAGUGACUGAUGAUGAUUUGCGGAAUUUAUUUUACGGCAAUUAUUUGGAACCAGAUGCGGAUCCGAAAAUUUACGAUGAGGUCGAAAGUUAUGAUAAAUUGGAAAAACUGAUGCACUACUAUCUACGCGAUUAUAAUACAUUCUCGCACACACCAAUGGACUUGGUGCUGUUUCGCUUCGCCAUCGAACACAUAUCGAGAGUCUCCCGUGUACUGCAAAUGCCACGCGGUAACAUGCUCAUGGUCGGUAUGGGUGGUUCGGGACGCCGUAGCUCAUGCAGAUUGGCCGCCAGCAUUGCUGAUUGUCGUCUGAUGACGAUUCAGGUGACAAAGACAUACUCGCAAACCGAUUGGCGUGAUGAUCUAAAGAAGAUAUUGAUGACAGCCAGUUUCAAUUUAAAUCAUACGGUAUUUCUUUUUAGUGAUGCACAGGCUAUUGACGAGGGUUUCAUUGAAGACAUCAAUGGCAUACUUAACACCGGCGAUUUGCCCAAUCUCUAUCAACUGGAAGAUAAGGCGGCAAUUAUGGAGAAUAUGUUGAGCGUAGCAAAGCAAUUGGCGAGACACAUUGAUAAUUCCCCCGCAGAGAUGUAUGCAUACUUCAUCGAAAGAAUACGUGAGCAAUUACAUAUAGCAUUGGCAUUUUCACCGAUUGGUGACUCCUUCAAGGAGCGUUUAAGAAUGUAUCCAUCAUUGAUAAACUGCUGCACGAUUGAUUGGUUUAUGCCUUGGCCGGUUGACGCCUUGGAGCGUGUUGCUGAAUAUUUUAUCAGUUCAAUGAAAUUGGGUCAAACACAGGAGCAGACUGAGCCCGGUGCUGGUGCCGCUGCUGAGCGAGCAUCUGUCGAUACCGCAGAAUCAGAUACUACAAAGAAAAGCGAAGAGGUGGAGGAAAUUGUGCUCAGUGAAUUGGAAUUGGAGCUUGUACAAAUUGUCAUGCAUUUCAAUAAAUCCGUCUUCGAUGCCAGUGAGCGCUGUUAUUUGGAAUUGGGGCGACGUAAUUAUGUGACGCCGUCAUCUUAUUUGGAGAUGCUUAAAUCGUUUAAAAUCUUUUAUGUACGCAAACUGCAAGAAAUUACGAAGUUGAGAGACCGCUACACCACCGGCUUAGAGAAAUUGGACUUUGCAGCGGGUCAGGUGGGUGAAAUGCAGGCGAAUCUUUACGACUUGCAACCCAAAUUGAAAGUGCUUUCCGAGGAGACGGAACGUAUUAUGGUAAACAUUGAACGCGAAACGGCGGAGGCCGAGAAGAAGAAGGAAGUUGUUGGCGCAGAUGAAGCUGCAGCCAAUGAGGCCGCUGCCGCUGCUCAAGCAAUUAAAGAUGACUGCGAAAGUGAUUUGGCUGAGGCAAUACCAGCAUUAGAAGCAGCUUUAGAGGCGCUGAAUACUCUUAAGCCGGCUGAUAUAUUCAUUGUUAAGUCGAUGAAAAAUCCGCCAUACGCAGUAAAGUUAACAUUGGAGGCAGUUUGUGUGUUGAGAGGUUUUAAACCAGAUCGCAAACCAGAUCCAAGCGGCCGUAUGGUGGAGGACUUUUGGGGGCCAUCAAUGCGUAUGAUAGGCGAUAUGAAAUUUCUGGAGUCAUUAAAAACAUUUGAUAAAGAUAAUAUACCGCCGGCGAAUAUGAAAAAAAUCAGAGAGAAAUAUAUUCCAGAUCGCGAUUUUGUACCAGAAAAGAUCAAAAGUGCCUCUACUGCCUGUGAAGGGCUUUGCAAGUGGGUUAGAGCCAUGGACGUCUAUGAUCGCGUUGCAAAGAUUGUGCAACCCAAACAGCAAGCACUUGCCGAAGCCGAAGCUGAUUUAGCCUCACAGAUGGAGAAGUUAAAUGCGAAACGAGCAGAAUUGCAAGUGAUCCUCGAUAAAUUGCAGAAGCUGAAUGAUUUCUUCGCAGAAAAAUCACGUGAAAAGAAACGUCUAGAGGACGAAAUCGAUAAUUGUGAAAAGAAAUUGAAUCGAGCCGAGAAGCUGCUCGGUGGAUUGGGCGGUGAGAAGACCCGUUGGUCCGAGGCGGCGCAUAACCUACACAAAUCUAUUAACAACAUUGUCGGUGAUGUUUUGUUAGCUGGAGGUGUCGUGGCAUAUUUAGGAUUCUUCCCCACCGAGUAUCGUGCUCAAAUUUUGGAUGAUUGGAAUGAAUUGUGUGUUCGCAAAAAAAUUCCCUGCUCAGAGAGAUUCUCACUGGCCGCCACAUUAGGAAAUCCAAUGCAAAUACGCGCUUGGUCAUUAGCAGGGCUGCCGGCUGAUAACUUUUCCGUAGAGAAUGGCAUUAUUGUAGCAAACUCGAAUCGAUAUCCACUUCUAAUAGACCCACAAGUGCAAGCCAAUAAGUGGAUAAAAAACAUGGAAAAGGAUAAUUUUUUGCGUGUCAUCAAACAAAGUGAUCCCAAUUAUAUGCAAAUACUCGAGCUUUCAGUUACGUAUGGCAAUCCGGUGCUUAUUGAAAAUGUUGGUGAAGUUUUAGAUUCCAAUUUGACGCCAAUCCUAGAGAAAAACGUUAUUAAACAUAAAGGUGGUCUUUUUAUCAAAAGUGGUGACACCAUGCUGGAGUACAAUCCAAACUUUCGUUUAUACAUCACAACGUGCUUGCGAAAUCCGCACUACUCGCCGGAGAUAACGGUUAUGGUUGCAGUACUGAAUUUCAUGAUAACGGAACAGGGUUUGCGCGAACAGCUUCUGGCCAAUACAGUAGCACGUGAACGCCCUGAUUUACAAGAGAAAAAAGAACAAUUAAUUGUUGAGUCCGCAAAGAAUCGGGAUGCUUUGUAUACAAUCGAAUCGAAGAUUCUCGAGGUACUCUCCUCCUCGGAGGGCAAUGUGUUAGAGGACGAAAACGCUAUCAACAUACUGUCAUCGAGUAAAAUAUUAUCAGAGGAAAUUCAGGAAAAGCAAGUAAUUGCUGUAGCAACCGAAACGGAAAUUGAUGCCGCACGCCAACAAUACGUACCGGUGGCUAAACAUUCCGCCAUACUAUUCUUCUGCAUCAGUGAACUGGCUAACAUCGAUCCAAUGUAUCAAUACUCCUUGGCCUGGUUUCUCAAUCUCUUCGUAAAUGCCAUACAGAAGGCGCCCAAAUCGACUGUACUCGAAGAGCGUUUAGAGCAUUUGAAUUAUUACUUUACGAAAUCAAUUUAUCAAAAUGUUUGUCGAUCGCUUUUCGAGAAGGAUAAGCUUGUCAUCUCAUUGGUGAUGUGUUUGGGCAUAUUGGUAUCGCGAGGGAAAAUAAGUAAAUCACAUUUGUUGUUUUUCCUGACUGGAGGCGUUGGCUUGCAAGCAGUACCGCCUAAUCCGGAUAAUAGUUGGCUACCGGAAAAAGCCUGGACACAGAUAUUUCGCGCGAGCGAUCUCGAAGGCCUGAAAGACUUCUAUAAACAAUUCACAAAAGACGUUCAACUGUGGAAGAAAUAUUAUGACUUAUCAUCGCCCGAGGAGCACCCGCUACCGAAACCUUACGAUACCGUAGAAGAAAUGAUAUACUUAAUUAUAUUGAAAUGUUUGCGACCAGACAAAGUUGUACCCGCCGUAAGGACAUUCAUUACGAACAACAUGGACCAAUCAUUUGUGGAGCCACCACUCUUCGAUUUAAACGCUUCAUUUGCUGACAGUUCGCCAAGAAUCCCAUUGGUAUUCCUGCUCUCGCCUGGCUCUGAUCCAAUGGCCAGUCUAUUCAUGUAUGCCAGGCAGCGUAACAUGUAUGACAAAACAAAAACUAUUUCGUUGGGUCAAGGUCAAGGUCCACGAGCAGAGAAAAUGAUUUUGGAAGCGAAUCGUUACGGUCAUUGGGUUGUUUUACAAAACUGUCACGUAGCUGUCAGUUGGAUGGGCGAAUUAGAGCGCAUUUGCAAUGAUACCACAUUGGCCGAGUCAGCACACCCUGAUUAUAGGCUAUGGUGCACCUCGUAUCCAAGCAAUGUAUUCCCAGUGUCAGUGCUGCAGAAUUCGGUGAAGAUGACAAAUGAGCCACCAAAAGGACUUAAGGCGAACAUGUUAAGGUCGUUCAAUUCUGAUCCUUUGGUACGCGAUAAGUUCUUUACGAAUGCAUUUUUAUAUUCGGAUAUGGCAAGUAAAUGCUGGCUGCGCGGCGUUUUCGCCUUGGUAUUCUUCCACGCUGUUGUGCAGGAGCGACGUGAAUUUGGGCCACUUGGUUGGAAUAUACCAUACGAGUUCAGUGAAGCGGAUUUGAAAAUUUCGCUGAUGCAGCUGAAGAUGUUCAUAGCACAAAGCAAAAGCAUCCCGUUUCGUGGACAUGUCUAUCUCACCGGUGAAUGCAACUAUGGUGGGCGCGUUACUGAUGACAAGGAUCGCCGCUUAAUCCUUUCGCUGCUCAACAUGAUAUAUAAUCCAACCACAAUCGAAAUGGACAAUUAUCCCUUGUCACAGACCGGCACUUACCGUGUGCCACUAAGUCCUACACGUCUCAAUGCCAUCGAAUAUAUUUCGACAUUUGCUCUUAGUCCUCAUCCGGAAGUUUUUGGUUUACACGAAAAUGCCGACAUCAAUCGCAACAACAACGAGACAAGCAGCUUGAUUGGCGGUGUAUUACUCACCCAAACGGAUUUAAUGGCUUCAGUGAAGGCGAGUGGCGCUACAGAUGGUGUCAGGGUGGACCCAGCAUAUGCCAUAUGCAAAGAGAUUCUAUCACGCUUACCUCAGGCAUUUAAUGUUGCCGAGGUGGGUCAGAAGUAUCCGGUGGUGUAUACGAAUUCCAUGAAUACAGUUUUGCGACAAGAACUUAUAAGAUUCAAUCGUUUGUUGGAUUACAUACGCAAAAGUCUCAUCAACGUACAAAAAGCCAUACAAGGUCAAAUAGCUAUGAUACCCGAAUUGGAGCGUACACAUUCGUCAUUGGUGAUUGGUAGAUUACCAGCCGAUUGGCUAAGGAAAAGCUACCCAUCGCUUAAGCCACUUGGCAGCUAUGUUACGGAUUUUCUAGCACGCUUGGAAUUUUUCCAGCAGUGGAUAGACAAUGGAGAACCGGAUGUGUAUUGGUUAUCGGGCUUUUAUUUCACACAAUCCUUCAUUACUGGUGUACUACAAAAUUAUUCGCGAAAAAAUUCUUUCCAAAUCGAUAUGGUCGAUAUAAAGUUUGAAGUGACUAAGUAUGAAACGGAAGUAGAGAACAAGCCAAGCUUUGGCGCAUACAUACGGGGCCUCUUCUUGGAAGGUGCACGCUUUAAUCGUGAGACACAUGAACUGGAUGAGUCCUACUCAAAGAUAUUAUUCGAUACAUUGCCAGUGAUAUUUUUCCGUCCAUCUUUGAAAGAGACACAUGAGCCGAGUCAAACGACAAAGGAGGGCGCAAAAGGGCGCACCAUUUAUGAUUGCCCAGUUUACAAGACAAGCGAAAGGAGAGGUGUGCUUUCAACAACUGGUCACUCCACCAAUUUCGUGAUGUAUAUGCAAUUGAAUUGUAGUCAGACACCAAUGCAUUGGAUCAAUCGUGGCACAGCGUCACUUUGCCAACUGGAUGAUUGAAAUGAAUAUUGCCUGAGUGGAGCAAUACUACGUAUAUAUAUACUUGCAUAUUAACUUAUACAUUACAAGCUCAUAUUUUUAUAAUCUUAUUUGGUAAUAGCUGCGAAAUUGCAAAUAGUAAGGAAGCUUUAUUUUUACUAAUUUCUGUUUUGUUUCUAAAUAUAUUUCGGAAUAUAUACAUUCCCUGAUUUGC